AUGAAUUUUCAACGCGUUUUUACACGUUUUUUUAAGGGUCUUGUCUGUCUGGGUCUUACUCAUGCACUUCGAACAACUGAAUAUCAUGAUCGAGAUGAGCAAUACUAUUGGAUUCUUGAUGCUCUUGGUCUUCGCAAACCAUUUAUUUAUGAAUAUGCACGUUUGAACAUGCAAUAUACAGUGCUAUCAAAACGUAAAUUAACAUGGUUUGUCAAUGAGAAAAUUGUCGAUGGUUGGAAUGAUCCACGUUUGCCAACUGUACGUGGUAUUCUUCGUCGCGGUAUGACUGUUGAAGGUCUUCGACAAUUUAUCAUCGCUCAAGGUUCAUCACGAUCAGUCGUUUUAAUGGACUGGGAUAAGAUCUGGGCAUUCAAUAAGAAACAAAUCGAUCCUGUAGCACCACGUUAUACUGCUCUAUUGAAAAAUCAACUAGUCAAGUUACAUUUGAAGAAUGUUACGAAGGAAGAGUGUAAUCAACAUCAAAAACAUCCAAAAGAUCCAAGCAUUGGUAUGAAGAAUGUCUAUUCUGGUCCAACAGUACUGAUUGAAAAGGAUGAUGCUGUACAAAUCACUGACGGACAGAUUGUUACGUUGAUGAAUUGGGGUAACAUCAAGAUUAAUCAUGUUAAAAAGAACAAUGCCGGUGAAAUCGAAUUGAUCGAAGGUGAAACUCAAUUGGAUAAUAAAGAUUUUAAGAAUACUCUCAAAUUAACAUGGCUUGCUGAAACAAGUCAAGCACCAUUGACACCGGUGACCUGCAUUCAUUAUGAUAAUAUCAUGACAAAAGCAAAACUCGAUGAAGGCGAUACAUUCGAGAACUUCGUUAACUAUGGAUCAAAAUCUAAAUAUGACGUCAUCGGUGAACCAGAUAUGGCUCAAUUGAAGAAAGGAGAUAUUAUUCAAAUCCUUCGCAAAGGUUAUUAUAUCUGCGACAGUCCAUACAAUGCUGAUAAUAAACAACCAUGUAUUCUUCUGAAUAUUCCGGACGGAGGUACUAAAGAAAAGCCAACAUCAUUGAAAUCGACUGAUCCAAAUGCUUCCGGAGAUAAAUCAAAAGCUGCGGCAGGAGCAACUGCAGCAGCCGUAGUAUCAAGUCCUGAAGCCGAUAAAUUAGUCGAACAGAUUACUCAGCAAGGUGAAAAAGUUCGAAAUUUGAAAGGCAAUAAAUCGUCACCAAAAGACGAAGUGGAUGGCGCAGUCAAAGAACUUUUAGCCUUAAAAGAGAAAUACAAAAAGUUAACUGGUGCUGAUUAUAAACCAGCGAGUGCAUCAGCAUCAGCAUCAGCGUCAUCAAGUUCAACACAAAAGGAAAAUAAGAAACCAGCAUCAGCUCCAGCCACCGCUGCUGCUGGUGCUACGGCAACAACGACAGCGACAUCUGCAGAAACUGAACAGCUUCUCGAAAACAUAACAAAACAAGGAGAUAAAGUGCGUGAACUCAAAGCAAAUAAAUCGGCACCAAAAUUAAAAUCUCGUAUCGACGGACAAGCGAAUCUUGUUCGUCAAUUAAAAGGUGAUCCUAAUCAGAAUAAAGAUGAAGUCACAGCUGCCGUGCAAGAAUUAUUGAAAUUAAAAGAGCAAUACAAAACCCUAACGGGUACUGAUGUUCCAUCGACUGGCGCAGCUCCGGCACGUAAAGAAAAAGAAAAGAAGCCUGCUGCUGCUAAGUCAACUGACAAUGAACAAGCGGCUGGAUCAGGUUCAUCAGACGUCAAAAAACAAACGAAACUUGGCAUUGAAGUCAAGAAGGAAGAAAAUCUUGCCGAAUGGUACGGACAAGUUGUCCGUAAGGGCGAAUUGAUUGAAAACUAUGAUGUAUCUGGAUGUUAUAUUCUUCGUCCAUGGGCUUAUUUUCUUUGGGAACAAAUACAAGCUUUUGUCGAUGAAGAAAUCGCGGCUAUGGGCGUGCAAAAUUGCUAUUUUCCAUUGUUUGUUUCACAUAGUGCACUUCAUCGUGAACAAACCCAUAUUGCUGAUUUUUCACCAGAAGUUGCUUGGGUAACCAAAUCAGGUGACAGUGAAUUGGCUCAACCAAUUGCUGUGCGUCCAACAAGUGAAACAAUUAUGUAUCCAGCGUAUGCUAAAUGGAUUCGUUCGCAUCGAGAUCUUCCAUUGAAAUUGAAUCAAUGGAACAAUGUUGUGAGAUGGGAAUUCAAAAAUCCACAACCAUUUCUUCGUACGCGAGAGUUUCUCUGGCAAGAAGGUCAUACAGCAUGGGCAACAGAGAAAGAAGCUUCCGAAGAAGUUUACCAAAUUCUCGACUUGUACGCUCGAGUGUAUUCAGAUUUAUUAGCCAUACCAGUAAUUAAAGGACGUAAAACAGAAAAAGAAAAAUUUGCUGGUGCUGACUGGACAACAACCAUCGAAGGUUACAUUGCUGCUAGUGGACGUGGUAUUCAAGCUGCAACAUCACACCAUUUAGGCCAAAACUUCUCGAAAAUGUUUGACAUUACGUUCGAAGAUCCACAAACACAAGCUAAAACAUAUGUGUACCAAAAUUCAUGGGGCUUGACAACACGAACCAUCGGUGUGAUGACCAUGACCCAUGGUGACAACAAAGGUUUAGUUUUACCGCCACGCAUCGCUAAAUAUCAGAUCGUUAUCGUUCCAUGUGGUAUUACAGCGUCACUAUCGAAAGAAGAUGAAGAUGCUUUGGUAAAUACAUUGAAAGAAAUUGAAGGUAAAUUGAAAAAAGCCGGUCUUCGUGUUUAUGGUGAUUAUCGAGAUAAUUAUGCACCGGGAUGGAAAUUUAAUCAAUGGGAAAUGAAAGGCGUUCCAAUUCGUGUUGAAUUCGGUCCAAAUGAUAAAUCUCGUUCACAAUUAACUGUAGUACUCCGUCAUACAGGAGCGAAAUCAACAAUUCCCAUUGAGAACUGUGAAACUAAACUACGUGAAAUCCUCGAACAAAUUCACAACGAUCUAUACGCUAAAGCUAAAGCCGAACUUGAUAGUCACAUUGUAGUUGUUAAAGAUUGGGCUGGUUUCUUGAAAGGUCUUGACAAUUCUUGUAUCAUGUUAACACCAUUCUGCGGCGAACCAUCAUGUGAAGAUAAUAUUAAACAAGAUAGUGCUCGGGAUGCUGUCGUUGAAGAAGGUGCACCAGCUAUGGGCGCUAAAGGUCUCUGUAUUCCGUUCGAACAACCAGAGAAACUUGCCGAGAAUCAACAAUGUUGUCAUCCGGCAUGUAAAAACAAAGCGAAAUAUUUUACAUUGUUUGGUCGAAGUUACUAA